AUAUAUAAGAAGAUAAUUGCAAUUAGUUAAACAGUUAAAUUAAUAAGUGAAAAGAUCAACAUCAAGUUAAUCAGUGAACUUAAUCAUGGCUACAAUUAAAUUGUUGUUCCUUUGCUUUUUCAUCCUCAUGGUAACAAUUAAAUUCACUUCAUGUCAAGGUCAAUCCAACGGCACCCAAGUGACCACUACUGAGAAACCCGAUGACGAUGAAACUACCGAGACCACGGAAGCAAAUGAUGAAAGUGAUUCCGAUAAUGAGACGGAAAGUGAGUCCGAAAGUGAGAAUGAAGAUUCUGAAGAUGAAACUACUGAGAAACCAAAGAAAUCGGAAGAAUCAGAAAAAUCAGAAUCGAAAAAGAAAUCAGAUGAAAAGAAAGAGAAACCGGAAAAGGAAGAUGAACUCGAUCUAGAAGAUGAUCCAAUCCCUGAGCCUCGAUGUUUAGCUCGCUACAAUAAUCUUAACUGUACUGAAGCUCAGCGACAAUCAGCAAUUAGCAAUUAUAAGGCUACAAGAGGACAAUUAAUUCAGACACUUUUACAAUCAGGUAACUCACCAAGUGGAUCAAAUAAUACAACAGAUAAUAACAACGCUACAGUUUCAAUAAUCUCCGUACCUUCAAACAUAAAUUCAACUCAAGUUUUCAAUGUUACAUCAUCUCCUUCAUUGAAUUCAACUGCAUCGUCAUCCUCGUCAUCUUCAUCAUCAUCAUCAUCUUCUUCUUCUUCUUCUUCCACCACAACAACAGUAUCUUCAAUCACUUCCGGGAUAUCAUCAUGUAAUCGCGCUGUUCAGCUUCUCGCAAACGUCGACAAGUAUGUAAGGUUCAACGAUUCUUGUUCAGCUCGAGUUUUCGGCAAAAGAAACAAUCCCGAUUAUUGGAUCGCAAGGUGCAUGAAAUCGUUGCGACGACACCAUUAACUGAAACUGAAUCGAAUGUAAUUCAAUCUUAUGAACUAAUCGAAUCAAUUAACGAAUA